AUGGAUUCACCACCAACCCUUCUUACUCUGCCUACCGAGGUGCGCCUUCUCGUGUACGAAUAUUUGUUGUCUCCAGCGCGUUACAUCAGUAUUGGCAAUUCCAACGAUGCAUUUGUGUAUGUCAGCAUUCUUAGGGUUUGCAAACAGGUGUAUUACGAAGCAUGCCCAAUUCUAUACUCCAACGAACUAAGGUUCGCGGCACCGCCUCACCUGGACCAGUUCCUAGGCGCGAUUGAUUGCAUCGAGAAGUCCGACCGCGCUCGCGCGCAAAAGAUGACAUUGCUUAUAUCGCACUGUACCUGCGAACUUCCGUUAAUGGAGCACGAGCGAAGCGAUGCAACUUUUUUCAUCCCAGCAUUUUGUAUCUUGCGCUCAAUAACGAUCAAGACGCGAUGCGGCAUAUGCGAACUAAAAGAGACCAACAACGCCAUCCAGCUUCUGGCCGCCGAUGAAAGAAUACGGCAGCAUUACGACAAAGGCCUUGUCUCCGGGGCAUCAAUCAGCUGGAACGGCAACUUUGGAAACGUUCAAUAUCGUACGACCCAGCACCAUAUCCAAUGGGGUCAAAAUUUCGCAAUAGAAGGAGGAGAUGUACGCUAUCGUCAAACAAGUUCCAAACUCACGACGCUCCCUGAUUUUAUCUUGUCACGUAUCUUGGAGCUUGUGAUUGGGCCCGCACGGGAAAUUCAGAUUCCGGGAGCGCAGAGAAACGCCCAAUCCGUGUGGAUACCAAGGGGCUUGCAAGCUCAUAGGAUUCUGUUCGACGCUGCACAGUAUCUUUUCUUCUCACAAAGUUCCAUAUUGGUGGAUCUGGGCUGCUAUCAAGAAACAAAUAAGGCUAAUGAGAUUGUCAACAUCAACCACGACCGGCUACAGGAGAUCUUGCGCCAAUUUUCUCGACGAGGCCUGAGAAAGAUUAUUUUUUCCCUCCAUAUUCCCACGUACCUGCUCGAAAACGUUCGGAUACCAGCCGAGCCGUUUCUCUUCUACAUGGAAUGGGGACUCUCCGUGAAGGUGAGAAUCUCAGGCCUAGAUGCCGUCUGCACCACAACUGGAGCAGAAAUUCAGGAAAACAUCUCGGCGUUACGGGCAAGAAAUAUGUGUCCAAUGGUAUCUCCAACACCCCUAGAUCGAGGAUUAGGCCUGGGAUAUGAGGCCGUAAUUGAUGGCCAUGGAGCAGCUCGAAAUAUAGUGGAGGCUCCAGGGACUUCAUCUCUUCUUUUCGACUUUCGGACAGCAAGAGUAGUUAGAUUCGUGAGAUACCUCAUUUACUGUAUGAUCAAAGUCUAUAUCUAUGUGUCUACCUUGCUCGUCAAGUGA